AUGUACAGCACCAGUUCUCCCUCUGGCUCGCCUCGGCCUUACUUUGCUCAGCACUUGCCCGGCACCAUGUCCCCCUACCGUGACGCUUCCGCCCGCUACACGAAUCUAGGAAGUCCCAGGAUAAGCUCGCUCAGUCGGGAUGCCACCGCCGCGCUCAAAGGCAGCAACUACCCCACCUCUUCUUCCCGCCCCACGUCGCCAGCACCCGGGUCCCGUUCGCCGUCUCCAAGCAGCGACAGCGGUGAUUCCCGUUCCUCUUCCUCAUCGCGUGGGAAUCCCGGACACGGCGACGAUGCACAGCAUGCAGAGCGUCCUCUGCUCACUCGAGGCGACUCGUCAUUUCGCAGAGACAUCGGUCCAUCGCAUCGCGAGUCCUACAACGACGACCCUCCCGCACAAAACGCCGGUUCCCCCAGCGCUGCCAAACGUGCUAAUCACUUGCAACCAAUAGACACCAAAGGCGAUGCAUACGCCAGAUUAUGCUCUUGGCGCGGCAAGUCUUUGGCGGACCUCUUCAUUGAUCGGCAGACCCAAGCUCGUAUUGACUUUGGUUGCAUCGAGCUCGGUAGCGGAAGCAUUGCAAAAUGCUGGAUCGAGACUCGCAGCUAG